UUUCACAGAUUCGCUUCAAGAGACCUCCAUUUUCCACUCAGAGAAAGCUUCUUAGCCAUGGCUUCCACUACAAGGGAUUCGGCACCGCCGUAUGCCAGUGCUGCCAGGAUUUCUGAUUCUCCUUGUUAUCCUCAGUACAGCGCUUCCCUCAAAUGUCUUGAAGAACAUAGCUCAGAGAAGAACAAAUGUCAAGAACAUUUUGACGUUUACAAGGAAUGCAAGAAAAAGGAGCGGGAAGCUCGACUGGAACGCAACAGGAAACGGUCUUUCUUUUCGUGAAUUUAUCUUUGGGCAUUUUGCUUGAUGUUAAAGUAUGUAAGUUUAGUAAGCUAUCUAGUAUCUACAUACAUUCAUAGUCUUCUUGUAGCUGUAGAUUUUUUUUAAUCCAGUGCCUCAUUGAGAUAAUAAUGCAAAGUGUAUUACUGACUUGCCGUUGUUCGUCCACUAAUAAAAGAUACCAUCUUAUGCAUAUUCAAUUA